AAAAUGCAAGUUCACCCCCUUCACAUUUGGGAAAGAAAACCCUGAAGUUUAAAAACCCUCUUUCAACCCCAAUCUCCGACGACGCCGGAGAUGGCAUAUACAUACAGAUACAGUCGUCCUCUAGUCCAUUCAUACCGCAUUCUUCACAAACUCCAUGCAGUGAGCUCUUGCGGACAAAAUAGGUUUUCGGCAUUUUUCUCCACAGAAUUCGUCGGUGAUACACCUGUUCUCGUUAGAGACUUUAUACACUCAGCAUUGUAUCAUCCUGAUCAUGGUUACUUUUCACAAAGCCCAAGGUCUGUUGGAGUGCUUGAUAGGGGCAUUAACUUUCAUAAGCUUCAAGGAAGAAAGGCUUACAUGUCACAUUUGGAAAACAUUUACAAGCAAAAUGAUGUUUCUUGGUUUACCCCAGUUGAGCUUUUCAAGCCUUGGUAUGCCCAUGGGAUUGCAGAAGCAAUCUUGAGAACAACUAAUCUUUCUUUUCCACUAAAGAUAUAUGAAAUUGGAGGUGGAUCAGGAACUUGUGCAAAGGGCAUAAUGGAUUACAUAAUGUUGAAUGCACCUACACGAGUUUACAAUAACAUGUCAUACACUUCAGUAGAAAUUAGUUCUUCAUUAGCCAAGAAACAGUUAGAAACUGUUGGAGAAGUUAGUAGUCACUUAUCAAAGUUCAAAGUGGAAUGUCGUGAUGCUGCUGAUCGUAGUGGAUGGGGGGAUGCAGAGCAACAACCAUGUUGGGUUAUAAUGCUUGAGGUUCUUGAUAACCUUCCACAUGACCUUAUUUAUUCGGAAAAUCAAGUUUCACCAUGGAUGGAAGUUUGGGUAGAAAAGCAACAAGACAGUGGUAAAUUGUGUGAGUUGUAUAAGGCAAUGCAAGAUCCUCUGAUAAAAAGGUGUUUGGAUGUUUUAAAUGUUGAUAAAGACUUUAAACAUCAAGGAAUUAGAGAGGCUUCAUUUCCUAGCAAAAUGUGGUCUAAAAUCUUUCCAAAAGCUAAACGAUCUUGGCUUCCUACUGGUUGUUUGAAACUUCUAGAAACAUUACAUGGAGCCUUGCCAAAGAUGUCAAUGAUUGCUUCUGAUUUCAGCUACCUUCCUGAUGUCAAAGUACCUGGUGAAAGAGCUCCUUUGGUUUCCACCAAGAAAGAUGGAAGCAGUUCAGAUCACAGCUCAUAUUUGGAUGCCAAGGGUGAUGCGGAUAUAUUUUUCCCAACUGAUUUUUGGCUUUUGGAGCGGAUUGACCAUUACAGUUCCGGGUGGUUAAAAUCACGGAUAGAGUCUUUUGACAGGUCAUCCAAAAAAGGAAAGAAAAGACGCAUCAUAACUCUUGAUACAUCGGUGUUUAUGGAAGAGUUUGGUUUGCCCACAAAGACAAAGACAAAAGACGGAUAUAACCCUCUUCUUGAAGACUUCAUAAAUACUAAAUUUUACCUUAGUGUUCCGACACAUAACACCAAAUAAACAGCGAAAUAGAAAGAAAGAAAAAUUUGAAGAAAUAGUGCAUUUUUAGAGCUUUUCACUGUUGUAUCGUAGAGAUACGUGCAUUUUUAUGUAACGUAUAAUUGAAUAUUCUUUCUAAGGAUAAAUGCAAUAAAUAGCAACAUAUACUUUUAUCUA